AUUUCCUUCUUUCCAUCUCUUCUACGCUCUCUUUUUGGUAAUGUUCGGUAUAGUUUAUACAGUCUUAUAUCAUGAUAAAGAGAAGUUGUGGCCAAAAGGUAUUUACCUCAAGGAACUUUCCCAAUCCUGCAUACUUGGCGGAAUAUAUGCUAUUUUUACCUCCUUGACCAAACUAAGCUAGGGCUCUCUUUUAUUUGCUGGCUCUAGUCUUGUGUCUUUUAUGUUCUUUUCUUGUUUUACCAUUCAUCAUUUGUUCAUGGGUCUUUUGUUCUUCCUUUGCUUAAAAUGUUUUAGAUUCUUGAUGAAUGCCAGAUCGGGGUCAGACCAAGUUCCAGUUUAAUCCACUGUCCAUGUUGAUGGGGCUCACUUCUCCGAUCUAGCCCACAUAACUGCUUAAUUGAUAUUCUGACUUCUGAGUGUUGAUGCUGGGUCGUUGCAACUUUGCACACAACGUACUCGAAUGCUAGCAAAUAUCAAUCGGUGGCGAUAACUGAUAACGGCAACAUAUGACCUUCCUUAAGUUACCUUGAUUCUUUUGCAGUCUCUUAGAUCCUUCAUCUGAUGGAUCUAGUGGUAAUAAUUACAUGAGGGCCUUUGCUACUGAACACUGGAAUAUCUUUCCAAAAAUAUAUUGGCCUAACAGAGUUGUGCGACUAUUCUAUGCACCACUUACAUUGGCUCUCUUCGCUUCUUCAUUGAAAUGUGUUGAACUGCUUAUUAAGGCUGGUGCUGAUGUCAAUGCUGGUAGCCCUGCAACUCCAUUAACAUUAGCUGCAACGGAUGGCUUAGCUGACUGCAUCAAGUGCUUGUUGGAAGCUCAUGCUGAUCCCAAUAUUCCUGACGAAAUUGGUAGAAUGCCAGUGGAAUUAGCUGCAAUCCAUGGAUGGAAGGAAUGUGUUGAGAUUCUCUUUCCUGUCACAUCCCGUGUAGCUAGAUUCGCAGACUGGAGCAUUGAUGGAAUAAUGCAACAGUGCUCACAUGGUAAUCUUCAUAAAAGUGAGGAACCUGCUUUCAAAGCGCUAGGGGAUGCUGCAUUUAAGAGAAAGGAUUAUACUCAUGCAUCAGCUCUAUACACCAAGGGAAUGGACACUGACCCUAAGGAUUCAACCUUGUACGCAAAGAGGAGCCUUUGCUGGCUGCGUAUGGGUGAGAAAGACAAAGCUUUGGAUGAUGCCAAUACCUGCAAAUGUAUGAUUCUUGAUGGAUCAAAUUGCUUCCCUGAGCAAGGAGCAGCUCUAAUACCGACGGAGGACUAUGGCCAAGCAUCUGAAGCUCUUAUAUCUAGCUUGAAGUUGGAUUCUGGAAGCGGCCUGGUUGAUGAAGUAUCUGGAACUUGCAGGGAGGAGGAUAAGUGAAUAAAGGUUAGUUACUGCCCGGACAUGUGAAGCGUCCACUGAAGUUGUGAGGCGUUGUGUUUUGUUCGAUCUUGCACGUUGUACUGUAUAGCCUGUUGAUAUUCUGGUGAACAAAACAACGUAAGCGUGGAGAUGUAAGUACCUAUAGAUAGCACAAACGAGUAGCUGGAUUGUAGAUGAUGCCAACAUGUUACAUAUGGUACUGAGCUGUGAAACUGAACAAUGUACCAUAGUUGCUUACUUGGGGUAUAACUGCGAAUUUGGGACAAUAACUACACCACUAUUGCAAUUGAGAUUGUUGGGAGUUUAAACAUGUUGAAAGUCUUUUGUUUGUUAAAAGAUGCGACUGAGAUUAUUGGAAUU